AUGAUUUUCAAAGCUUCUAACAAAUAUGUUGUGCAUAAACAGAUACGUUUUCAUCCACUUUGCAAGUCGUGGGUUUUUAAGGAAACCAAAACUUUGAAUUACUUAAUCGGAGCAUUCAAACCAUCCUGCAACAUUUCAAUCACAUUUUCUGAUGCAAAAACUCGGAAGCAGGUCCCCUUAAAGAAGGAAAGUGGCCAAGCAGUGUUGGUCCCACUUUUUCAAAGUCAAGAAAACAUUUCUGGGAAGAUUUCUAUAGAACCAAUUCAAGGGAAGAAGAUUGAACACAAUGGAGUCAAAGUUGAGCUCCUCGGGCAAAUCGAGAUGUACUUUGACAGAGGCAACUUUUAUGACUUUACUUCCCUCGUUCGUGAACUUGAUGUUCCUGGAGAGUUAUAUGAGAAGAAAACAUAUCCUUUUGAGUUUUCUACAGUUGAAAUGCCAUAUGAGACUUACAACGGGGUGAAUGUGAGACUUAGGUAUGUUCUGAAAGUGACAGUUAGUCGUGGUUAUGCUGGUAGCAUAGUGGAAUACCAGGAUUUUGUGGUUCGCAACUAUUCCCCACCUCCUUCUAUUAACAAUAGCAUCAAGAUGGAAGUGGGAAUCGAGGAUUGUCUGCAUAUUGAGUUUGAGUACAACAAGAGCAAGUACCAUUUGAAAGAUGUUAUUAUUGGCAAGAUAUACUUCCUUCUUGUAAGAAUCAAAAUAAAGAAUAUGGAUCUGGAGAUCAGGCGUCGAGAGUCAACAGGGUCGGGGCCUAGUACCCAUGUUGAGACAGAGACACUUGCUAAGUUUGAGUUGAUGGAUGGUGCUCCAGUCAGAGGUGAAUCAAUUCCCAUUAGAUUGUUUCUUAGCCCUUAUGAACUGACACCAACACAUCGCAACAUCAAUAACAAAUUCAGCGUGAAGUAUUAUUUGAAUCUUGUUCUGGUUGAUGAAGAGGACAGACGGUAUUUCAAGCAGCAAGAGAUCACUAUAUACAGGCUUCAGGAGACUUCAUGA